UCAUAAAACAUUGCCCUUCUUUAAGAAGCACCUUUCUUGCUAUCACCGGCAAGGUUCUUUGUUUCGGAUGUACUAGAGGCAGACGCGUACGUAUUUAGUAUCAGUUUGUUGGACUCCACGUUGCGUGAUAAAUUCCACACCUCGUACAUAUUGUGGUUCUGCGGAGUACGUUGUUACAAGAUGUGGUCGACCUACUGUAGUAAGGAGAGCAUUCUACCUAUCUACCUAUCUAUCUACCUAAUUGUUUCAAACAAGAAAGGUGUGAAAAAUACCCUGCUGAAAACAUAAUAUGUAUUGUAUUUUCAGUUAAAAGAAAUUUGAAAAAAAUACAAAAACAUACAUAGCUUGCUUGAUAACCAACGAAACAAGAAUCAUAAAAUAAUAUUAUGAUGUACAAGACAUCUAUAUACAUACACGAAAAUGGUUUGCUGUUACCGAGGAUACAAAGCCCGUUUGUUUAUUGUGGUUUGCAUUCUCAGUUGAACUCGUGAGGUCAAGUCUCUUGGGUGUAACUUUGAAUUUUUGUGAUUGUUGUUUCUAAAUUAUUAGUGAAUUAGCGCGUCAAACUAUUUCCCAUAAUGGCCAAAAAGGGAGGAGUACAGCAAUUGCAGGCAGAAAUAAACACAGAUGAAGAAUUCGAGAAGUUUCUAGAACGCGAUGGUUUAUUGGUGAUGGACAUUUACACGGACUGGUGCGGACCAUGCACCGGAAUGGUCGGAAGUCUGAAAAAGAUCAAACUCGAACUUGGUGGCGAUAAUCUUCAACUGGCAGUGUGCAAAUCUGACGACAUAGAAGCCCUCAAGAGAUUUCGCAACAACAGUGAACCGACUUGGUUAUUUGCUUCGCAUGGCAAAAUCGUCAACCUGAUGUUUGGCACAAAUGUACCCAAACUCAUCAACCUUAUCACCGAAGAACUAGACAUUGAGCUGAAAACCCGAGCCGGCGAAGUGGAACGUAAAUACUACGAACUACACGAAUUAACACCCGAAGAGCAGGAACGUAAGGAUGCCCGGCAAGCCAUCGAAAAAGAAGCUGAAAGGAUCGAGUGGGAGGCUUCCAUUAAAAAGCGUCGAGACUACAUAAUUUAUGUCACUGAUGAGAUUGUUGCAAAUAUUCCGGAUAUGGGAAUUUGUCUCUUCAUGCCACAUGUGCAUAAAGAAAUAUACAAAAAAUUAAAUGAACAUGCCGAAAAGCACGACCUGCACUUCAAAGAAAAACGAUUGGUUCAUCUCAAUCCUAAAAUGCUCGAAGUGUUGCAUUUUGAUUGUGAAAAUCAACUUGAGGAUGAAGUAUUUGAGCAAAUUUUCUACAAGGAUGUCCAAGCAUAUGUAUGGAAGCUACAGGAGGAUGUAUCGCGUACUCCAGAGGAUGUGAUCGGCGAUUUUGUGCAUUAUUUGACAACGCCGAAUGAAUUGCAUGAUGCUGAUGGUAACAUAGAAAAAACAAUUCCACCUAUGAUUGAACCUUUGGAAAUGAUGUAUAACCCUAACGAUGGUAGUUGGAUCAUCAUUAACAAACGAGGAUCGAAAAAAGGCUCUAUAGCGUCCAGAGAUUCUAAGAGCACGUCAUCGAAAGAAACGGUUGAUGAAGAAAGUUGUCCCAGAAUGUUCAUCCCGGGGGUGUGGAGUCCAACCAAUAGAAGAGCCACAGCUGCACUUUUUUAUUUGCUGUUCAGACAUUUAACUGAUCAUUUCUUGCCUCCUGAUCCGGUACCAGAGCCGCCGCACAUAUGUAUUGUAUUUGAUGCAUACAAAAAACGUGACGUUUUUGAAAUAGCAGACAAAUAUAAACGCGACGUUAUGGCCUAUGGUUACUUUACUACCGGCGAUCCCAAAACUGCAGAGCUAAUAGCUAAGACUACUGAACGAUAUAGUCGUUUGAAGCCGAAUGUAAAUGAUAAACUAAUUAUGAAAGUUUCUAAAGCAACUAGUCAUGCCAUGCUCGGUUUAACAGCCGUUGGUCCAUGCUACAUUAGCCAAAACGCUGUUGAAGGGCAGGAGGAAUGCGCUGUUCUCUUUCCACCUAACUACAAUAACAUUGAAGAGGAAACUGGAGCUGAAGAAUCGAAAAAGAAGCAUAAGAAAAAACGGCGUGGAAAGAAAAGUGACACUUCAAUCGGAUCUGAGUCUACUACGUCAUCAACACCCACUGCAGAAGCGGGUGGCGAAGGGCAAGGUGAAAAUGGAGAGUUGGGAACAAUUGGAGAAGGUUCUACUGGCGAGGAGGGAGAUACCACGUCGUCAUCAAAUAAUUCACCUGAAAAAACUGGCGGAGUUGGAGAAGAACCAGGAGAAGAGAAAAAAGCGUAAAAAGCUGAAUUGGAUUUUUUCGGAAAUAGAAAUUAAUAUAAUAUCGACAAACAAAACAUACUUAUAUUGCAGCAAAAACGAUGCAUUCGAAGUUUUCUUAUUUUUGAUUAAAAUAAAUUAAAGAUACCCUUUUAAGGAUAUUGUGUGUGCAUGUGGCAAGUACAUCAAAACCAUACGUUCGGUAUACUUUCCUUCGAGCAAAAUUCGAUUUUAGGUUUUUCACUAGUAUUUUGUUUGGUUUUUUUCUCUGUACAGUAAAUUAUAAUAAAAAUGACACAAAUUGCUCGUUCGAGUUCAAAUUUGUCGUGAUUGCAAGGAAAUCCAAUAAAACUUGUAGUUUCAUAUAUCAAGAAACCCAUACCAAUCACUUCAGUCGAAAACCGCGUACUCGUACAAAACCUGCCUGAUAACCGACUGCGUAGUACUGGUGUGACUGCUCGUUCGGAUUCCAGCGGACCUGAUUAACCCGGAUUCCUGGAUAUUCGUGGAGCAACGCGCGUCGGUACGAUUUCACCUGCAGCGAUUUGAGAUCCAUUUUUUGAGGAUUCUGUUGAAGACAAGAUUGAGUAUAGAAGAAAAAAAGUUAAUCCAUAGAACAGAACAGGAUCAAAGUGAAGAUGAAUAAAAUAUAGAAAAUGAUAGGUGAACAAAUAGUACUUUGAAAAAAUCAAAUUGCCUUGGCCUUUGUUUAUUCAUACUAUUGUGCAACAUGUGGUUAGUCUUAGUGGAAAUCUCAACGUCGGCCUACUUGCUUAUCUUCUUUACCGACAUGACCGAUGUUCGAAAUGCAAUUUGAUCAUCUUUGACGUUUUUGCUAGCUCGUUUAUCAAUUUAAAAUAUUUAUCGAAUGAUAUAAAUUUGUAUUCAAACUUACUUUAUCAUUAUCCGAGAAAAGCAAUCCAAAAUUAUUUUCGAACAUAGUGUACGAUGUGUUCGUAUGUUCGUCUGUAAUUUUAACCGACAUCGUUGAUGUUAGAAUCUACAAGAACAAGUAAUGAUCAGAUUGUGAAUUCGCAAAACUAUAAAACUUACGUAUUUCGUUUGUUGAUUGUACUUCUGUGCCAUAUGAUGCACAUACGCCGUAGGUUGAUGGCAUAGUACAUCACCACCAUCGGUCCCUAUCACAUAGUUUGAAAGCCAAUCGUUCCCACUCAUGUCGGUAGCUUCGGCCGUAAUAGUAUACAGUGGAAUUAACCUAACACCGAUCUCUCUCGGCUGGUGAAAGGUAAGCGCGCAUCGGUCAAUCGCAUAUACAUCAUCGAAGGUCAGUGCGAUUACCGGAAAAUGAGUAUUCCAACUAGCUGC